AUGCACAGCGCAGCGGCCUUGCGCUUGCGUUGGGGUGUCCCGCCCGCUUUCCUCGCAGCAUGGGGUAGCUGGAACUACACGAGCCGCGAUAGCUUGCGUGCUGACGGCUCUUCACGAGCUUGGAAUCAGAAAUUGACCUAUUCUACACAGCAAGCUCAACGCAAGAAUGAUAAUGAAAACCAACCAUCACAAGCCAAUGCCCAGGAAGCUCAGACAGCAUGGGCAUCGUUUACGAACAAGGUCGCAGUCGUUCGGGAUUCCUUUGCGUCGGUGGAGCUAGGAAAUAUUGGCGACAAUAUCAAGAACUUCAUAUUGCCAGACUGGGCACGGGUACUCCCCGCUACUGUCCAGAAGCUACAACGAGAAUUGUCCAUGGCACCUGGUUCCCUCGCCGACGACAUAUGGAAAGAAGCCCACGAUGCCGACCUCAACCCGGAAAUCGCUAUCGAAGCGACAGUUCGAGUAGGGGAUACUCUCUGCCCGGAAGAAGUACAGUUUCGUCAGAGGAGGAAAAGACACGUUGUUAAGGCAUUGGCAAAAUAUCUAGACCUGAAAGAAGAGGAUAUUCACCCGGAUGAUGUGCCGGUCAUAGCAAUGUGUGGGUCUGGUGGAGGUCUGCGAGCUCUUGUUGCUGGCUCAGGAUCCUAUCUAGCUUCACAGGAAGCUGGACUCUGGGACUGCGUCACAUACACAGCUGGUGUGAGUGGAAGCUGCUGGCUACUAACUCUCUACAACUCAUCGCUAGGAAAUCGUGACUUUCUCAGACUUGUGGGGCACCUAAAGAGUCGAUUAGGGGUGCAUAUCGCUUUUCCGCCGAAAGCGCUUAAUUUGUUAACUACGGCUCCGACAAACAAGUACCUGCUCAGUGGAUUGGUCGAAAAGCUGAAAGGGGAUCCUGAUGCAAACUUCGGCCUCGUCGAUAUCUAUGGACUUCUGCUCGCAGCACGACUACUGGUACCCCGUGGCGAACUCGACGUCUCCGAUAGAACGCUGAAGCUGUCAAACCAAAGGGAUUAUGUUCAAGAUGGAAGCAAUCCUCUACCUAUCUACACUGCGGUUCGUCAUGAGAUCCCUGCUCCAGAUAAGGAAGAAAUCAAAGGACGCCGAGCAGUAGAAAAGGUGAAAGAAGAGGCUCUCAAGGAGGCAUGGUUUCAAUGGUUUGAAUUCACUCCAUACGAAUUCUUUUGCGAGGAGUUUGGUGCUGGAAUUCCCAUGUGGGCUGUUGGACGACACUUUUACGGAGGAAGAGAUCAACCCCCUAACACAUGCCCAGUCCCCGAACUUCGCAUUCCCGCUUUAAUGGGCAUAUGGGGAAGUGCCUUUUGUGCAACACUCGCACAUUACUAUAAGGAGGUUCGGCCUGUUGUCAAAGGCCUUGCAGGUUUCGGAGGCAUUGACUCGUUGAUUGAAGGAAAGAGUGACGAGCUGAUCAAAGUCCAUCCCUUUGACCCUGCAUCCAUACCGAACUAUAUACUGGGAAUGAAGGAAAAACUUCCAUCAUCAUGUCCAGAAUCUGCAUUAAACGACCCCCAUCUACGGUUGAUGGAUGCUGGCAUGAGCAAUAACCUCCCAAUCUACCCGCUGCUUCGACCGGGGCGCGACAUCGAUAUCAUUGUUGCUUUUGAUGCAUCUGCAGAUAUCAAGCAAGAGAACUGGUUGGCUGUUGUUGAUGGAUACGUCCGACAACGAGGAGUUCAAGGAUGGCCUGUCGGAGCGGGUUGGCCUUCAGACACCACCCACCCAGAGGAAACUGCAGAUAUGAUAAGCGAAGUGAACCAUUUGAGUGCAUCAAAAUCAGAUGAGAAACUCCACGAGGCACAAGAACACAAUCCAAACAGGAAAAAUAAGGACGGACCCCUUCCAGACACACUCAUGACAUCCGAUGCACGCUACGAUAGCACAUCCAAGAAAUCCGGAACUUCUCCCAGUGACUUGACAUACUGCAACGUAUGGCUCGGCACGAAACAGGAAAUGACAUCUCAAAAGGAGCCUCCACCAUCAAAGCGACUCUUCCACCCCGGUCACGGCGACGAGAGCUCAUCAGACUUCCAUCUAAUGCAACCCGACGCCGGAAUCGCAGUAGUCUAUUUCCCACUCCUUCCCAACCCCUCCGCACCAGACUACAAAACUCCCAGCCUAGAUCGCUCACAAAUCGCCCGACCUCGCAAAUCAACCUCCAACGAUGAUGAAACGGUUGUCACAACGAAACCGAAACCGAAACCGAAACCCAACUCUAUCAACCCCGACGUAGACGAUUUCCUCUCGACAUGGAAUUUUGUCUACACCCCCGAACAAGUCGAUUCAGUCGUCGGACUCGCGAAGGCCAAUUUCGCCGAAGGUGAGGCACAGGUUAAACGUGUUGUGCGUGGUGUUUAUGAGCGACGCAGACGGGAUCGUUUGAAGCGCGAGAAGCUUGCGAAAGUUAAAGCAGUGGAUAGACGGGUUGAUGAGUUGAAGAAGCGACAUGAGGGAUUUGCGCCUAUUUAUUGA